CCAAACUCAAAUCCCCUCUCUUUUUUCCACUUUCCCCUUAAAUCAAAAAAUCAACCCUAAUUUCCAAAUUUUCAGUUUUCUUUCAUUGCACAAAAAUUUAUGAAUUUACACACACAUAUAUAACAACAAUAUAUAUAAUUUAUAGAUAUAGAUAUGGGCUCUUCUUCACUGGCACCUGGAUUUAGAUUUCAUCCGACUGAUGAAGAACUUGUAUGGUAUUACUUACGCCGUAAGAUUUGUGGCAAACCCUUUAGAUUUGAUGCUAUUUCUGAUGUUGAUGUUUAUAAAGUUGAGCCUUGGGAUCUUCCAGGGUUGUCUAGAAUGAAGACUAGGGACUUGGAAUGGUAUUUUUUCAGUGUUCUGGAUAAGAAGUAUGGAAACGGGUCGCGAACAAAUCGGGCAACUGAUAGAGGGUAUUGGAAGACUACCGGGAAAGAUAGAUCUGUUUACCACAGGUCCCAUCCCAUUGGGAUGAAGAAGACUUUGGUGUAUCAUAAUGGUCGGGCACCAAAGGGCGAGAGGACAAAUUGGGUUAUGCAUGAAUAUAGACUUAUUGAUCAGGAGUUAGAACAAGCUGGAGUUGCUCAGGACGCAUUUGUUCUUUGUAGAAUCUUUCGGAAGAGUGGGUCUGGGCCAAAGAACGGUGAAAAUUACGGUGCACCAUUUGUUGACGAGGAAUGGGAGGAGGAUGAGCUUGUAAUGGUCCCCAAGCAGGAUUUUCCUCAUGGAUUUCCUGUUGAGGAUGAUGAUGCGUACCUAGAUGCAGAUGAACUUGAGCAGAUUCUUGGAUCAGAAACACCAGAUGGACAUCGUCCUCUUCUAUUAGAAUUCCAUCAGGGUGACAAUGUUAGCAGUGAUGAAGUCUCCACAGAGAUGAUACAUGACCCCCAAAACUUCUCAGUGGGUGGAAUUGCGGGUCAAUCUCAGCCUGAGCAAGAAGACGGACCUAAGUUGUUUGAUUUGCCCGUGCAGAAUGAGUUGGAUCCUACGUCUGUUAAGCAUGAAUACAUUGGUGAAAUGAGCAAUACCACUGAUUUUGAUGUGGAUUAUUUGCUUGAUGAACCCUUUUUUGAUGCUUCCACCGGUGACUUCCAAUUUGAUGGAAGCUCAUUCUUUGAAGUAGAUGACAUUAAAAAUGAUGUCAAGACAGAGCCUGGCCUUGAACUGUUUGAUACGUAUACCUCGUUUCUUAAUCCAGAGGGGGAGACCUUGGAUUAUGCUUUUGAUUCAAGUGAAAAGAUACUCUCUGGAUCGUCCCUCACUUUUGAGAAUGUAAAAGAAGAAACCUAUCAAUUGAGUGAUGUUAGCCAGCAAUUUUUUGAAGUGCAGAAUGAUGAUUUUGCCUCUUCUAAGGUAGACCAUCAAGAUUUUAUCGGUAACCUUGAAGAACAUAAUAACAAUGUUGCCUCCACAUCAAACCAAGAACAUCCAGAUUCAGCUACAGGUAGCAUGGAAGGAACUCACGGGGCAGAUUCAGCAAGUCAACAAUCAUUUGAAGGACAGUGUAACAAUCUCGAUUCCUCUUCAAAGAAAGAGGACUUGGAUAAGCCAACAGACUUUGCAUACCCAUUUCUCCAGAGGACGAGUUGCAUGCUGGAAAACAUAUCUGCUCCACCGGCAUAUGCAUCAGAGUUUCCUGCUAAAUAUCUGGCUGCUGCCUCUCAAGCUUCUACCUCAGUUCGCGUUACCACAGGCAUUAUUCGAAUAAGGGAUGUUUGUUUCACAGGGUGCAAGGUGGACUGGUCAUUGGGAAAAAAUGGUCAUCUCGAUGUUGUUCUCUCAUUCGGGGUGGAGCAAAAUGACGUCAGUUCUACAAAUUCACAAGAAACUGUUGGCUUGAGUUCCCGCAAGGCGAAUUCUGCAGUGUCUCGAAGCUUGUUUUAUUGCUUAUUUCUGUGGAUCAUGGUUCUUUCCUUGAGCUUCAAGAUCAGCAGUCUUGUUUGUCCCAAAUCAGUCAUGAGCUGAACAGUCAAUCGUCAACUCUUUUUAUUGCCAGCAAAGUCCUCCCUCUUGGUGCCUUGUGGUUUAUAUCUCCUUACUUAUCUUUAACAAAUAAUAAUCAUUAUGCAAGCAUGUUGUUCUAAAAACAUGAUGCUGAGUUAAUGUUUUAUUGUUAAAAUUUAUUGGUCAGAACAUUAGAAAGAUUCAGAGGAACAAAUUUUAUGUGGAACUGGAAGGAAAUAGUACUUCGCUGUUUCAUGCA